UGCAAUGUCCAUGUCAAGCGUAGUGCGAGGGGAAUAAUAUUUUGGCUUUCGGGGGCCUAAAAUUAGCCGGAAAAUGCAUAAAUUAAAAUUUUCACAAAGGGACAAAGUGAAAAAAUUUAUAACGUUUACACAAACUGGAGAGCAAACUGCAAUAUAUUGUUUAGCCCAAAAUGAUUGGAAACUGGAUCUCGCUAGCGAUAAUUACUUCCAAAAUCCAGAAGCUUAUUAUAAAGAACCAAAAAAUUCUGUUGAUAAAAAGAAACUGGAAAUAUUGUAUAGCAAAUACCAAGAUCCAAGUGAACCUAAUAAAAUUACUGCGGACGGUAUCAUGAAGUUUCUUGAUGAUUUGAAUUUAAGUCCUGAGAGUAAAUUAGUUCUAAUCAUUGCGUGGAAAUUUCGUGCUGAAACGCAAUGUGAAUUCACUAAAGAAGAAUUUAUGAAUGGAAUGGUGGACUUAGGUGUGGAUAGUAUAGAUAAGCUAAAAGCACGGUUAGGUAGUUUAGAAAAUGAUUUAAGGGAUCCUCUAAAAUUCAAGGAUUUUUAUCAUUUCACAUUUAAUUAUGCAAAAAAUGCGGGACAGAAAGGCUUAGAUUUGGAUAUGGCAAUUGCAUAUUGGAAUAUUGUAUUAGAGGAUAAAUUUAAAUUUCUUCAAUUAUGGUGUCAAUUCUUACAGGAGCAUCAUAAAAGAUCAAUUCCAAAAGACACAUGGAAUUUAUUAUUAGACUUUGCACUUAUGAUCAAUUCGGACAUGAGUAAUUAUGAUGAAGAGGGUGCCUGGCCUGUGUUAAUCGAUGAUUUUGUAGAAUGGGCGCAACCUCGAGUUCGUCAAUCUCUCUAACGAUUUUCUUUUUUUUUUGGCAACAUUCUCGCACA